AUGCCGCCCCGCAGGACGGCGCGACCUGCGAUCGCGGAGGAUGCCGACUUUGCUGAGUUGCGACGUGAGAACGCUGACAUUCGCCGCGACAACGACGAGCUACGGCGCCAGGUGGAGAUUUUGACACAGCGGAUAGACGAAGUCGUACAGAUGCAACGCCAAUAUGAUGACGUUACCAUCAUCGACGAAAACCCCUUCGCUAGGCUGCGGAACCCGUCCCCUGAGCGUCCCAACCACCGGUGGGAGCAGGGCUUUAGGGUGGAAAUUCCCCAGUUCGAUGGCAGCAUGAAGCCGGAAGAAGUGAUCGACUGGCUAUCUCAGGUUGAGGAAAUUCUGGACUUCAAGGAAGUUCCCGAUGAUCGGCGUGUUUCUUUGGUCACGACCCGAUUACAUGGCUGUGCACAGGCACGGUGA